AUGUGCAGUAUCAUCAUUGAAAUGGAUUCCCUGCAACAAGCCGAUGCCAGAAGACACAUCAGGGAUGUUCAUUGGGAAGCCAUGGUGCUACUUGAUAUACCACACCAGUACCAUUACCACAAGCACUUGUCCGAUAUAAAGAGCUUGAACUGGGAUUUGGAACCCGUUAAGGUUUCUUCCCCGGUAGUUCAUGAUUUCUUAAAGAUCCUUGUGAAAAGGGCACAUGUUGACCGUGGAGCUGGAAGAGGACAACUGGGACUUGAACCUCAUCAAGCACCUCGAGCUUCAGCUGUAAGCAAAGGAGCGGCAGGUUACUACAGAGUAUGGGUUCUAGCAGAGGUCGUUGUAAGGUGUCUCUGA